AUAAAAAGAAAAAAUAAUUGGAAAAGUGUGAUUUUUUUUUUAAUAUCAAAGUGUGCUCAAAUUGUCAACUAAAUCCGAAUUUACAUAAGAAAAAACAGAGUGAACUAAACUAUUUGAUUCUCACAAAAAGAUACAUAAAUCAUGGAUUCACCGAGCCCAUGGCAAGAUGGAGCCUGUGCAUGUCGGAAACAAAGAGCACCGAAAAUAGGAGACAUACCAAGACAUACAGCAGUGGAGGUGGAUUUGAAGCAGCAGAAGGAGAAGGAGGAUUUGGUGGGAAGAAAUGGUGCUUUCAAUCAGGCGACGGAGCAGAGGCAGAGACGGAAAGGUAACGUGACCAGAUCAGAGCCGAAUCUGAUCGACCCCAAGGAAGAUGAACAGCAACAACCGAUGAUGCCUUCCUGCUCUUCCUCCUCCUCGACCAAUGUCAACACUCUUCCGGAGAAGAUGUCCAAGAUGCACCUGAAGAACCGCAUGCUGAUGGCGCAAUCCAACAGCAUCGCCGGAGACUGCCACAACUCGCAAUCCACCUCCAGGCCGAUCUUUCCGAACUGUCCGUUCUCCCCUUACGGAAGUCCAACAGGUUCUCCAAGAAGCAAUAGAAAGAGACAACCGCUGAAGGAAUCGAGGCGCGUUUCCAUCGAAAGAUCGGGAAUGUAUCUUCAGCUGAACCAAUACAAACUAAUGGACUCUAUAGGACAGGGCUCCUACGGAAUCGUCAAGUUGGCGUACAAUGAAGAGGACGACACGCAUUACGCUAUGAAAAUUUUGUCAAAGAAGAAGCUGCUGAAGAAAGCGGGAAUGUUCGGAAGGAUACCGCCGGUGCGGAAGGAGGGUAGCAGGCCGCAGAACACGUCUCCGUUGCAGCGGGUCUACAGGGAGAUCGCAGUGCUGAAGAAGCUCGAUCAUCCGAACGUGGUGAAGCUGGUGGAGGUGUUAGAUGAUCCCGUCGAAGAUCAUCUUUACUUGGUCUUCGAGCUGCUGGAGAGGGGCCAAGUGCUGGAGGUGCCCACAGAUAAACCUCUGUUAGAGGACGAGGCUUGGGCGUACUUCAGGGACGUCAUUUUAGGAAUAGAGUAUCUUCAUUACCAAAGAAUAAUACAUCGUGACAUCAAACCUGCGAAUCUUCUGCUGAGCGAAUCUGGUAGAGUUCAGAUCGCCGAUCUGGGUGUCUGCAAUGAAUUCGAUGGAUCCGAUGCUUUCCUUUCCUCGACUGCAGGAACUCCCGCUUUCACCGCUCCCGAAGCUCUAGGUGAACAAAGAUCUGAAUUCAGUGGAAAGGCUGCAGAUAUCUGGUCCAUGGGCAUAACUCUGUUCGCGUUCGUUUACGGAAAAGUACCUUUCUACGAUGAUAACGUCGUAGCUUUGUACUCGAAGAUCCGUCAUCAAACUGUAGACUUCCCGGUGGAGCGUAAGAUCACCGAAGGACUGAAGAACCUUAUUGGAUUGAUGCUCGUCAAGGAUCCGAACGUUCGCAUCACUCUACCAGAAAUUAAGGAACAUAAAUGGGUUACUAAAUGUGGAAAAUGUCCUUUGCCAAGUGAAGAGGACAACUGUCACCUGGUGGAAGUGACCGACGAGGAUGUGGCUCAAGUGAUCACGUCCAUCCCUAAGCUGGACACUCUGAUACUCAUCAAGCAUAUGCUCAAGAAGCAUUCGUUUCAGAACCCGUUUCUGCACAAGAGAGAUGCGCAACGGCACAGGCCGAGCAAUCCAGAGAUGAGGGCACCACCGAACAGGCAGCACAUCGGUCGAACGGGACGUUCGAAUUCCGCUCCGGAUUCCUGCGAUUGGGAUCGUCAGCUCUCCAUCGAAACCUCGCUGGAGGCGGUCACGGAGAUGACAUCGGAGGCGGCUGCGGCGGCGGCCGCCGAUAAACGGUGAUGAUGCGAAAACAAAACACAAAACGAUGAAGAAAGAAUGAGAGAAAAAAAAUGAGAAGCGCGAUAUAAUUGACGUAGAAAAAGGAAAGGAAAAAAACACGAUGACGAAGAUGAAGAAGAACCUCAAGGGACCAUAAACGUUAAGUGUGAUGCAUUGACCAUAUCAUAUUACAAGAAGGAAAGCAACAAAAAUACACCACACGAGCGGAAUCUCUUCCUGGAAAUAUAACAUCUAUAUAAUAUGUAGAAUGAAAGUUUAAGGGAAAACCGUAUUUGUUGCCCGGACAACAACAGAUUUUUUUUUUGUAGCUUAAUUGGGUGAAUGAUAAUAUUUACAUGCACAAUUCUUUCAGGGCUGAAACGCGUUAGGACGUUCAAUGAAUGGUUGUUGCUAUGGAAACGCAACAAUAGAUAUCCAGCAUUUAGUGUAGCUUCGGUUUGGAAACUCUGAAUUCUGAUAGCUUUUGCUUCAUUUAAAUUAGAUUAGAUGAAAAAAAAAAUCAACUUUUACAGAAAUUUCAACGCUCCAAAUCUUGAAACUAUAAGCGGUUUUAUUAAUAUUGCGACCUGAAAUCCAUGAGAACAUGAAAAUCAUGUAAUUGAAGAACCACGUAGCGUCCGUCCAAGAACCGAAAACCACAUCCCUUCACGUACAACGAAGUCCUACGUUUCUCUACAUUCAACGAUCGUCUCGCGUAUUUUUGCCCAAGAAAAAAAAAAAGAAAAUUUUCGAAUACCUGAAUGUUUUACAUGAAACACUUAUAUAUUAAACUAUAUUAUAUAAUACGUGCACUAAAUCGUGCAUGGUUAAUAGCUUUAAAAAAAAAACAAACACAAGAAAAGUGAAGAAGAAACAAAAAAAAAUAGACGCAAACGUUAAUCGUUUGUUGCUCAAAUUUCAGUAGGUCUCGUUUUACGACUUUUCAAUUUAUUACAAAAUUAUGUUAAGUAUGAGGUUUUGUUAUAAUCACUAAAUGAAAUAGAAAAAAAAAAACAACAAUUUCUUUCAUUUUUCAAUAAGUCGUAAAACGAGUCUUCACCUCUACAUAUUUAUAAAUCUCAAUGUUGUCUCGUAUCUUAGUUUAGCUUUUCACAAACAAUCAUAACUUUCUUCCAAAACAAAAAAAAAUACAACUCUUAAGCUAAAUGUUAAAACCCUUCGGCUAAAAAAAAAUCUAUCAGUUCCAAUAAUGAUCGUCGUUUACACAAGAUAUUUUUUAUAUUG